CGCUGGGAUAGAGCGUCUGUGAGUGGGCGAGGCGCGCUGGCUGCAGUCUCGCUGGUGUUGGGAGGACUGACGUGACGCGGAGACCCGGAGGGAGCGGGAGGAGGAGGAGGACAGAGGAAAAUGGCGGAGGCGGCGGCAGCGGCGGCGGCUGUGUCCCAGCAUCGCUUCUUCUGUCAUCACUGUAAGGGGGAGGUCAGCCCCAAGCUGCCGGAGUAUAUCUGCCCGAGGUGUGACUCUGGGUUUAUAGAAGAGGUGACAGAAGACUCAGGUUUCCUAGAUUCUGGAGGAAGCACUUUAGACGACAAUGGCUCAACGCAUUUUGCCGAGCUCUGGGACCAUUUAGACCACACAAUGUUCUUCCCUGACUUCCGGAAUUUCCUGAGUACUAGCUCCUUGGACCAAGACGCCAGAGAUGGGGAGCGGCGUCACCAGCCCCACCCAGACAUCCGGGUGACCCGCCGGCCUCCCAGGCAGCCGAUGACAAGGUAUCGGUCCCGUGUCAGCUCUCGGCCCGACCGAUCACCCGCCAUCGAAGGCAUCAUCCAACAGAUCUUCGCUGGCGUCCUCGCCAACCCCCCCUUACCUGGGUCGCCUCAUCCGUUUUCCUGGAGUGGAAUGCUGCACUCCAAUCCGGGGGACUACGCCUGGGGACAGAGCGGCCUGGAUUCAAUAGUCACUCAGCUUUUGGGCCAACUGGAAAACACGGGACCCCCUCCGGCAGAUAAAGAAAAGAUCUCCUCCCUCCCGACUGUCACAGUAACUCAGGAGCAAGUGGAUAUGGCUCUGGAGUGUCCGGUGUGUAAAGAGGACUACGCUGUAUCAGAACAGGUCAGACAGCUUCCCUGCAAUCACUUCUUCCACGGAGACUGUAUUGUGCCUUGGCUGGAAAUGCAUGAUACCUGCCCAGUUUGCCGAAAGAGUUUGAAUGGCGAGGACUCCACGCGACAGGCUCCCAGCUCUGAAGCCUCCGCUAGCAACAGCUACAGUAGUGACAGCCAAGGUCAUGACCGAUGGACCUUCUGAAGGCCCCCAGGCCAGCCAUUCCUACAGCUUGUACAAUGUAUAAGGACAGGCAGUCUGAGAGGGUCCAACGACGACCCAUGGCGGUCACCACAAAUCACCUACUCGGCAUCCACGGAAUGAAGGGACCUAACAAACUAACCGUUGCUUGGCGCUCUUAACAUCCAGAAAAAAAACAAACACUUUUUUUUAUUUUUUUUCCGCAAGCAGCGACUACUUGUCCUUUUAGCCCCUGAAUAGUGGAAUUCUGUGUUUCCACCGUCCUGUGAUUCUGCCUCUGAUGAUAACUGGGCCCCGGUGUAACCCCAGACUAGGCCCACGGCCCCUGAGGAGUCUGGAACCUUCUCAGCCAACCAAUCAGAGACCAAAAUGAGAGCACCCUCUGUUCCUAUUGGUUGGUUAAACACACAUGAUCUGCUCAUUAUGUGCUCUAGUAGAGGGUCUUCACAUGGCUCGAAAUAGGACUUAGUGACUGGACAGUGAACCCUCAACUGUUUCCCCUUCAUGACCCCCAUUACCGCUUGCCUCCGUGGACACGCAUUUCGGGGCCUUGGUUUUCUGUUUUGGGUUUUUUUUGUCACAUAAUUUUGCCCCUCUUUCCCAGAUUUCACCCCAUUUCAAUUUUCCUUUGGCCGGUCGUUGGGAAUAUUGAAGUGGUUCUACGGGAGCAGGUUGGCAGGAAUCUAUAACAUUAAAUAAUUGUAAAUUACGAUAAAUAUGUUCAUAUACCCAGUAACGCGGUGUGUGUCAGACUUAAUUCUUCCGUCUAUCGGCCAGAAUACCCAGCUUAUCCCGUCUGGCAGCAAUCUGAGCUCUCUCCAGGGGUGAGUGUAGGAGUUCCGGCCUGGAAUAGCGUGUGUAUCCUGGUAUAUGCGCUUACCGGAUGCCCAACGCUUUACGGGCACAGCGAAUGGGUGCACCGAAGUCUGUUCUUCGGCCGCACGUGUGAAUAUAAGGCUCUGAUCAUACAAAUGUGUUCCUGGUUCCUGACCGAAAGGCUACGGUGUCCUGUAUAUGGAGCUCUCUCCUAGACCUUUACAGGAGGCUGAUGACCACCGGCAGGAAUAGGGGAGAGGACGGCGACCGUGCUGUUUUUAAAGGAUAUUUAUUUUUCAACAAAAAAAAUUACAUGUGUAAAUAUAUAUUUUUAUGAGUUUUUGGUAAAACUGGAAACUGCUCUGCAAUGGUGAGUUAUUGGAAAUGUUCGGCAAUUAUUCCCCUUGCCAAUAUAAAUGUAUAAUCAGGUUAAUAUUAAAUCAUAAUAAAAAUGUGAAAAUGGCUGUCGUUA